ACAACAAAACCAAAUAUAAACCCCGUACUUAACUUCCGUCAGAAGCAUGAUACCCCGCUCGUUUCUCCCAUUCUUCUCCUCUUCCGUCUCAAACUCCCCUCAAUCCAAAUCCCAUGUUCAAAACCCUCCCUCCCUCUCCAAACCCUAACCCUAAUCUCUCCUCCAUGACACCCUUCUCCUCCUCCAUCUCCACCCCCUCCCCGCCCUCUUCCUCCGCUCCCCCACACAUCCACCACGUCAGCUUCAACCAGGACUUCACCUGCUUCGCCUUGGCCACCGACCGCGGCCUCUUCGUCUACCACUGCGACACCCUCAAACAAGCCUUCCGACGCCACCACAACUCCAGCUUCGACAUUGUCCAGAUGCUCUUCCAGAGCAACGUCAUCGCCUGCGUCGGCACCGUCACUCACCCCGGAUUUUCCAGUAAUAAGUUGAUGAUUUGGGAUGAUCGGACCUCUCGGUACAGGGGCGAGCAGUGUUUCAGGAGCCAGGUCAUCGCGGUGAGGCUGAGGAAUGAUAGAAUCGUUGCUGUUUUCUCGCAGAAGGUACAGGUUUAUCGGUACGAAGAUUUCAAGCCUAUUCAUGUGAUCGAGACGUAUCCGAAUGACAAGGGGCUUUGCGAAGUGUCUUAUGGGGCGGGGAACAUGGUUUUGGUUUGUUUGGCGCUCAGGAAAGGGGAAGUUAGAGUUGAGCAUUAUGGGUUGAGGAAGACUAAGUUUAUUGUUCCACAUAAUUCGAGUCUCGCGUGUCUUGCGCUUACCACUGAUGGGAAGUUGCUUGCUACGGCGAGCAUUCAGGGGACUUUGGUUCGGGUGUAUGAUACUUUGGAUGGCUUGUUGCUUCAGGAGGUUAGGAGAGGUGCAUUCAUGGCUGAUAUUUAUAGCCUAGCUUUCUCCUCUACUGCUCAGUGGCUAGCUGUGUCAAGUGACAAGGGAACAGUCCAUGUUUUCAGUCUAAAGGUUGAUUCUAGAUCAAGUUCAGUUACAUCAGCAGUUUCAAGUCUGUCAUUCAUAAAAGGCAUGCUGCCAAAAUAUUUCAGUUCGGAGUGGUCGGUGGCUCAGUUCCGUGUACCUGAAUGCUCUCAGUACAUUGUUGGCUUUGGCCAGCAAGAGAACACUGUAAUGAUUGUUGGUAUGGAUGGAAGCUUCUAUCGCUGCCAGUUUGAUCCAGAUAGUGGCGGAGAGAUGAAACAACUGGAGUUCCGCAACGUCUUGAAGUUGCAAGAAGAAGAAGAAGAAGAAAGUGUCUGACUCCUGGGAGAGGAAAAGUAUACCUUUCACGAGCUGGUAGUGAAAAAUAGAGUUUAUAUGAUCAUAGGAUUACUGGUACAUGGACAGUGUUUACUGUUUGUGCAUAUUAAAUCUAGUAAACAAUACUGGUUUUUCGUUGUCUGGCUAUAUUUAAUGUCUUGUUCAUUUUACAAA